AUGUACUAAGCGACUUAGGCCUAAAGCAGCCAAUAUAACUCGUAUUCUUAAACCUUUGUCAAAAUAGGCUUAUCUUUAUUAUUCACGUGCGAAUGAUAAGAGUUGAUUAGACCUGCACGAAUUUUAGGGUGGGUCCAUCAAAACUUUCGUUUUGCAUAUCAUGGACGAUGCUAAUGAUAGUGACAGUACCAGCUCACUCGGGAAUAAUAUGAGCAGCUCAGAGGGAGAAUAUUCUAUGCUUGGGGAGGAGACAGAUUUUCCAAAGUUCGAUGUGACAUCCUGGAGUCCGAAGUCUGGUAGUGCUGGUGUAGACUAUCUUUGCCUUGUUCCGUUUGCUUCAAAUUACAAGCCGGAAUAUGACCAAUCAUUACACACUGGGAAAUUUAAAACAAACUGUUCUGAACGUAUACAUAAAAAACCGUAUAGUAGAACAAAUAGGUUAGAUGAACGACGAUUGAGAAUGGCAGCCAAUGAAAAUGAUUCAAGUUUAGUGUUAAGUUUAUUAGAGAGUGGUAUAGACACCUGUUGUUAUGAUGAAAAGAAACGGACACCAUUACACUUUGCAGCAUCUCAGGGAAACGAAAAUAUUGUGAAGGCUUUAUUAGAAAGGGGAGCUAACCCAAAUCAGAAAGAUGCUGUUGGCAAUACUCCUCUCCAUCUUGCAGCAUGUACAGGGAAGGUGCCAAUAGUUACAUUACUGCUGAAGGCUGGCACCGACUUACAAUCAGUGGACAAGUACGGACGAACACCUCUAACAGUUGGAAAGUCGCGCUUAAAGUUUAUCUCCGAAUCCAAAGUUCAUUCAUCUGAGCAGGUCAAAGAUGAAGCUCUGCAGAUCUGUGAUAUGAUGAAAACCUAUUUGAACUUGUCUGGGAUGACGGAGGAUGUAACAGAACUUGAUCGUUUAUGUGACAAACUUCAAAAUGUAUCGACCCGAGAGGAUGUAAAUCACGUCAAUAUAUUACUGUCAGACUUUGCCGGACUCACAUUACAGAAGAAAAACUCAUCAUGACAGAGAACAAAAGGAUUGCAACAGCUGCAUAUUUAGAACUGUUUUGACUAUAACAGUCAAUAAAAAAUAUAAGCCUACAUUUGUUUAUGACAGUAAGAAAAACUGAGGUUUGAUAAGAAAAACUGAGGUUUGAUAAAGAUACCAAAUCAGGCAUUUUAACAGACUGAAGGAUCUCAAUAGGUUUACUGUUGAAAAACAUUAUAUCAGUUACAAAGACCCAAAGAUUAAAAGAUUGGGUCAAAUAGCUCGGAGAAACCACAUGUACAUGUACGACUAGUCAUUUAUGAUAAAAUUACUUGUGUAGUGAGAAUAACCAACAUUAUAUAUAAAGACUGGCUAUAAAUUCAUCAAGUAAGACUAGACAUGCCCUGGUGGAUAAACACGGAUCAUUGGUAUAGCAAUGAUCUACAUAUAUGUAGGAUCAAACAGUGCAGAGGGUCAUGUGAUGUUAGAGUAAAAUUCAAAGGUACAGAUUGUAGAUGUGAUGGUGUUCCAUUUAAUCGUGGAUAAUUUUUCAGUUGUCAUUUCUGGGAUAAACUUUUUUUUGUUUUGACUUGUAAAAUUACCCUAAAGUCCAUUAAAUUGGAAACAUCAUACAAGUAUGCAUCAAAGACACAAGGAAAUGAUAUAUUAUGACUAGAAACCAAUAGAUAUCAUAUAUUACAUCAUUCCAGUGAUAUAUACAUGGUACUAAAUAGUUUGUGUGUUUAUAGAUGUGGUCAAAUAAGUGAAAUUGGUCAUGCUGAAAUUAAUGUCUGGUGCAAAUUAAGUCGUAGGCAUAAACUAAUAUUUGACUUCUUGUCUGUCUGUCCAAUCUUGUUCUGACUCCAAUUUUUGACUAUAAAGUUUUUGCUUAGCCAUUCAAGUAUGACGUCAAGAUCCUGGAGCUUGGAGGAAUUAUCUUAAUCCUCUUACCUAGACAGCAUGUUAUAUACAUGUAUCUACAUACAUCAUGAGACAGCACAUGUUAUAUAUCUACAUACAUCAUGAGAAGGCAACUUGUAUAUUAAAACUGGACCGGUGGAACGUUAUUCCAAAUAAAUCGAAAUUAAAAAAAGUAAAGUAAAUUUAAAGGAUGUUAAAUAUAUAUUUAUGUAUACAAUAUUUGUCAAAUAAAACUUGAGUAAUA